GUGGCCAGUGCGUGUGUGGGAGAGUGCAGCGCACACAGUGGCGAGUGAAUGCAGUGAGGCUGUAGCGCACUGUAGUCCCCUGUCACUAGUUGCAGGCUCAGUAGUAGCAGCAGCUGCUCACUAGGAGGAUGGUGUGAGUGCAGCAGCCUCUCUCCCUCUCUCUCUCCUCCUCUGUCUGUCUCCCUCCCUCUCUCCCCGGCCCACUGUGCCGGAUGGUGUGCGGGGCUCCCCGGGCAGGGGAUGUGAUCUGCCCGGGCACAGGAACACAGCGGCCGGCGCGAUGAUCAGGAUCUUCCCGGACUUCAGCGUGCAGGUGACGGCGGCUCCGGGGGCUCCUCCCGAACCCGGGGCGGCCAGGAGCGCUGGAGCCAACGGGAGCCACCAGCAUAAUGUGCCCGGGGUCAGCUCCUACCAACAGCGGGGAGCCUCCAGACCUAUCAGCGCAUGUCCCGCCCCCUGUCCUCCAGACCUCAACCUAAGUUUACAAGCCCUGCGGAAAGAGAAGUCGAGGGACGCGGCUCGUUCUCGGCGGGGGAAGGAGAACUUUGAGUUUUACGAGCUGGCCAAACUUCUCCCGCUCCCUGCAGCCAUCACCAGUCAACUUGACAAGGCAUCCAUCAUCCGGCUGACCAUCAGCUACCUGAAGAUGAGAGACUUUGCCGGCCAGGGAGACCCGCCCUGGAACCUACGUAUAGAAGGUCCUCCACCAAACACCUCUGUUAAAGUUAUAGGGUCCCAGCGGCGGAGGAGUCCCAGCUCCGUGGCGAUGGAUAUUUUCGAAUCUCAUAUGGGGAGCCACAUUCUCCAGUCUCUGGACGGAUUUGUAUUUGCACUAAACCAAGAAGGAAAAUUUUUGUACAUUUCGGAGACUGUGUCCAUCUACCUUGGCUUGUCUCAGGUGGAACUGACGGGAAGCAGUAUGUUUGACUAUGUGCACCCAGGGGACCACGUGGAGAUGGCAGAGCAGCUUGGGAUGAAACUUCCCCCUGGUCGAGGGCUUCUUUCCCAGAGUGCCAAUGAUGAUGGAGCCAGCUCAGCAUCCUCAUCUUCGCAGUCAGAGACCCCCGAGCCAGUGGAAGCCACUAGCCCCGGGAUUCUCCCUCAGGAUAACUCUCUGGAACGCUCCUUUUUUAUCAGGAUGAAAUCCACUCUGACCAAGAGAGGGGUGCACAUCAAAUCCUCGGGGUACAAGGUUAUCCACGUCACUGGGCGUCUUCGUCUCCGUGUGUCCCUGUCCCAUGGAAGGUCGGGGGCUGGGCAAGUGAUGGGUCUGGUUGUGGUGGCCCAUGCCCUCCCGCCCCCAACUAUCAAUGAAGUUCGAAUCGACUGCCACAUGUUUGUAACUCGUGUCAACCUGGACCUCAAUAUUAUAUACUGUGAAAAUAGGAUCAGUGAUUACAUGGACCUCAAUGCUGUGGAUCUAAUGGGUAAAAGAUGCUAUCACUUUAUCCAUGCUGAGGAUGUGGAGGGCAUCAGGCACAGCCAUCUUGACUUGCUAAACAAGGGCCAGUGCGUCACCAAGUAUUACCGCUGGAUGCAGAAGAACGGGGGCUAUAUCUGGGUCCAGUCCUGUGCCACUAUCUCUAUAAAUGCCAAGAAUGCCACCGAGAGAAACAUCAUCUGGGUCAACUAUAUUCUUAGUUUGCAAGAAUACAAGGACAUCCCCAUGGAUAUCGCCCAGCUUCCGCACUUACCUGAGAAGACAUCGGAAUCCUCUGAGACAUCUGACUCUGAUUCGGACUCCAAGGAUAACUCAGAAGACAAUGAAAAUCCAAAGUCAGAUGGAAAGGGAAAUCACUCAGAGCAGAGCGAAGAUCAUGAACCAGACCACAAGCAGCCGGGGCCCCACUCUGAUCCAGAUAUGAACUGUGACGAAGAAGGGAACAGCUCCAGCGAUGCCUGCAGCGAGGAGAGUGAAGAAAGUGAAGACUGUGAAUUGAGGAAGGCAGAGGAGGUGAUGGAGCAAGGGGGUUUGAGUGCCCUCGGAGGUAUUGGUGCCCUGGAUGCAUUAGGCCCAAUGCACAUAAAGGUGGAGCGUUAUGCAGAGAGUGAGACAGACAUGCGUGGGCCAGAUUCAUUGAGCUCAGACAGUGCCAAGGACUCUGAGAGUGGAGACGAGGAUGAAGAUGACAGUGGAGUUCGAGUAGCAGGGGUGCUAAACCGUCACCAGAGGAGGAAAAGAAGGAGACGAAAGGGGGCAGGACCAUGUGGAGGACGCAGGAGGAGAUUGUCUGGAGGAUCUAGCCCAGGUGCCAUAGAGAGCUCAUUGGGGGACCCUCCUAGGCUUCUCCCCUCCACCCCUCCUCCCACAGGAGCCUGCUCCUCUUCCUCUGUACUUAAGAUCAAAACAGAAAUGUCAGAGCCCAUCAACUUUGACAAUGACAGUAGCAUCUGGAACUUUCCUCCAAACAGGGAAAUCUCCCGCAAUGAGUCUCCCUACAGUAUGACCAAGCCUCCCACAGGAGGUGAGCACUUCUCCCCCUCCCCAUCCUCCUCAGCUGCCCCCCCAGCCCUUCAUGUUUCCAUCCCGGACUCUGUCCUCACGCCCCCAGGUGGGGCAGAAGGAGCUGGACGCAACAAACCGCAAUUUGCUGGAUUGGCUACUGUCAGUUCAGACCCCCUUUCCCCUCCUCUCUCUGCCUCCCCCCGGGAAAAGCCACCUCAGACCAGUGGCCCAUCUAACUCUCUUCUGUAUGCAGGGGAGCUAGAAGCUCUGCAGAGGCUUCAGGCAGGAAAUGUGGUUUUGCCCCUUGUGCAUCGCGUGGCAGGGACAUUGGCAGCCACUGGAAGCAGUGGGCAGAGGGUAUAUACCACAGGCACCAUUCGUUAUGCCCCUGCAGAGGUAACGCUGGGCAACCUCCUUCCAAAUACUCACCCUGUGAACUUUGUGGAUGUGAAUGGCCCAGGAUUUGGACUGGACCCCAAAACCCCAAUGGAGAUGCUCUACCACCAUGUGCACCGAUUAAAUAUGUCUGGCCCGUUUGGAGGAGCUGUGACAGGAGCUGGUCUUACCCAAGUGCCAGCUGCUAGUGUCUUCACAACAGCAGAGGGAAUCUUCUCAUCUCUCCCCUUCCCUGUGUACAGCAAUGGCAUCCAUGCAGCACAGACUCUAGAACGUAAAGAGGACUGAGGGAACGAAGGAAAAUGUGAAUGAGAGACAGAGAGGAGGAAGAGGAGGAGUAGAAAGAAAGGACAGACUGCAGAGAGAGUGGAGAAAGACCUUCUAAACUAACUGCAGAAUGUAGGUUGUUAUGUAGAGGGGUUUGGGGCAGCUAAAUCUGGCCCCUCCAUGUCUCCUCCUUUGCUGCCUAUUCCAAAGCCGUAAGGGGAGGUGGUGUGUAUGAGCCAGUGUGAUAUGGUAUUGCUCUCCCUACAGCAGUCUGGGACCAGUAGCCCCGUCUUCCGCACCACACACAAACAAUAACAGGGCUGCACAAAGCAUUGACUCCCAUUAGGCCACUUCCAUCGGCUUUGGUUUAGUUAGCAGGUGCCUCUCCAGGGGACCGCCGGCACUGUGCCCGUUGCCCCAUCCUUUUGUAAAGGGGGCAGCGGCUGUGUUCUGAUCCUUUACAACAUAAAAUAUUCCAGCACUUUGACUCACACCUAGAAUCCCCCCUAAAACCCUGGAAUAGAUACUUCAUGACUCUACUGUCUUAGUUCCCACCAGACAUACUGGAACAUGGCUUCCUUUUCUCUCUCUCUCUCUUUUUUUUCCCACUUUUUUAUAUUAUAGAUUAUUAUUUUUCUCAUUAUUUUGGGACAUCUCCCUGUCUGCUGCUGGAGCGUUUUAUCAAUUAACUCCUUAGGCGCCAGAAAGGCAAGAGUGCCUGCUAUUCUGGCCCAUUAAGGGUUAUUAGUGCUUGCACUACAGGUCCUGGGAAACAUGGCGUGAACCCUUCCCAUGCCAAAGGGGUUCCUAAUGGUAUUAACAGGCACCAAGUAAGCUGUGUAUUGAUGUACCAAGAUGCCUUGCCAUGGAAGAAUGUGUGUGCUUGCUUUGUAUUAUAUAGAAGUCUAGGGGGCCUAUUUAUUAUGCUGUGUAAAAACAGUGACAUAAUUCACCAUCACCAGGAUUCGCCAUGUCAAAAAAACACCGCAAUUUAUUUACGCAUUUUUUUCUUAGACUGGAACCUCCAUACAAUAGCUGUGUCAAAUCUGGCGUUCAGACAGGGAAUUUCCCACUUAUCUUACACAGCUUUCUACGAUGUUUUUUUGUCGAAUUUCCUUUUACACAGCAUAAUAAAUAGGCACCUAUAUGUGUAUGUAUACAUACAUAUGUACAGCUGUGUGUAUGUGUGUGUCUAUACAUAUAUGAAAUGCACACAGUCACAGACUUUGUCACAUGCAGGAAAGAGACCUUUCCUCCCCAGGCACAUCCACCCAGUGUCUGGUUCAAAACUCAUUUCCCACAAUCCUCAGUAUGUAGAUAAGGUCACAUUUUUCCUCGUUUACACCUUCUUCCUGGUCACUAGAAAGCUUGCCUCCACAGAGAGCUAGGGCUAAUGAGAAUCCAUAUUUGCAGUGUACUGGGAGCUCCCAAGGUGCCCCUUUGCCCCCGCCGGGCUCUGUAAUAUCACUGCUGAGCUGUCGCCAAAUAACGUGUGUUUCAGAUUCUAGUUGUGGCCUAGAUAGUAGUGGCUGUAAUUGGUCAUCACCCUUUUAAUAACGUGACUUUAACUCCCUUUUUUCUGCCAGCAGGGCUAGCAAAUCAGAUCUUUCAGGGAUUAGGUUUAACUGUUUUUAUGAUAUGAAAGGCAAACAUGGACACUGAUAUGGCAGGUAAUGCUGCUGAUAGGUUCCUCUUGCACUGGCAGUUCAUUUUAAUCACCACAAGGAAGCUGUAUGAGAAUGAGCACAUAUGGAUGCUUAAGGGCUUUUCUGACUUACAGUCCUGGACCAGAGAACUGAAGGGGUUAAGUUAAGCUGGCCAUACACAGGUGGAUAUAACCUGCCUGUUCGCCCCCCCUCCCAUGAGACCGCAGCUCUGUUGCCUUCAUGAUGGCCUGACUGACCAAUAUCUAGCUGGUCCAAAAACAAGGACCUCAUCAACCAGUUAAUGCCAUUCUCUUCAGAUACAACGACUUUUGGCCUGGCUAGACAUUCAGAUUAGCCCAACACAUUGGCGGCCCAAGUCUGCUCUCCAAACAAGCAGAUCUUUACAUUUAUGCCCAGCUUUCAUGGAAAAGGUUUGAGGGAACAGCUAUGGAACCUGAAGAAAGUAGGCAAAAUGGUUUGGGAAGGUCCUCCCAGCAGCUUCUUUGUUUAGGAGUCCUGUGUCCUGUACUAAAGGGACCACCUUAACUUGGGAGGAAACUCCAGCUAGAGGCUCCCAGGCCCACCCUUGUAGAUAGGAAACGUAGAGCCCUGGCUUGUCCCAGCGUGAAAGGGAAUUCUUGCAGGAAUGAUUCAGCUCCCCCGGUCCUUUCAGUUUGUAGGCAAACACAAUGGGUACCGGCCAAGGUCUCAUGAGACAACGUUGCUUGCAUGGCCUAUAGAUUACUUAACCCCUUUUGUGCUCCAGUCCCUAGGGCAGUUCUCAUUCCAUGGCCAGGGUGUCUGUCAGUGCAGAAUAGCAGGGACAGGAGGCAGUAUAUGAGCGAAGGUGUCAGUACUUGCACAGACCACUUUACUAACCCCUCAUGUUUUCCUGUUACAUGUUGUGUGUAAUGCCCUGCCCUGUCUUUAUCUUGUCCUUAACUGAGGGGCUGUGAGCUGGUUUCUUUAUGCUUUAUCUUCCAUGUUUUUCCUCAGGCUUCUGUAUCAUUCCGACUCUCCUUCCGACGCACUUUGCCAGGCCGUCUAGAUGGGGGCUGACCCUCCUAGAUGGACCUGUAAAGCCACCACUUUCCUACCAAUAAACAUAACGGGUUUUGCUCUCAUCCCUUGGGUAAGAACAGUUCCAAAUUAGAAUAAAGGAGCAGGAGGAGAGAAAUAGAGACAAACUAAGCUGAGAAAAUAGCAGAAGGCGAAUAAUAUUCUCAGCUCCUAGGGAGAAAUUGUGACUUUCAAAUGGGGGUGGGGUGGGGGUAAUAAUGGUUUUUAUGUCCUACUUCCAGUCUGUUUCGGCAGCUUAUCUGUGAAACAUCCAAUACCAGGUGUGAGAUUAUGAAACGUGUUGCUUCGUGUAUAAGAUUAAAAAACAAAAAUAAGAAAAAAACUGAAAAUGUUUAAAAACAAAAAAAAAAGAAGAAGAGGAAGAAGAAGAGGACAAUUUCCGGGUGUCUUUUAGCUGUCUCAUUCCAAUUUCAACGUGUGUUACAAUAUGCAGUAUAUUCUAAGCUAACGUGAGUGUUUCUAUCUGUCGUCCUUCUCUGUGCUUUUAAACUGUAGUCUGGGUCUGUCAUGUUCCUUACUCCCUGUGUGUCAGUGAAUCAGUGGUACAUGGGGGCUUGUGGAUGUUUGUAUAGUGCCAAUGCUGCUUUCACUGUUAGUACACCCUAUGGGUAUCUUUGCAAUUACUUUGUUUUCAUUCUUUGCUGUCGCUUUUACUGUCGUGGAAUUCAGUACUCUGUCCUAAUUACUGUUCUGUACUUUUUAACUCUGUCCUGUUGUCUGUCAUUCCCAUCACAAGCCAAUAAGACAUAUAUUUUCCAAAAUGGCAGCCUGCGUUUGGAGCCUGCGUCCCAGCAGGUCCUAUCUCUGGGCAGGGCCACUGUUUCUCUAAUGUUCUGUGGAGGGGGGGGGGGGGGUAUGUUUAGACAGCACCCCUCCUCUACUGUCCUCCUCUCACCACUGUCGCUAGGUGUGCAGGCUUCCCUGCGGGCUCUGGCAAAAGACUGAAAGCCAUUAAAGGAUAAUUUAUAAUGGAACAACCCAAACCUACAUUAACAAUAGGGGGUUUCCAGUCCUGUAAGGUGUUCUUCUCUAUCUGCCCCAACCAUUUCUGACUAUGUCCUACAACUAGAUUCUCUUUAUAUCCUCUAUAUUUUGGGUGCCUUAUUGCCAUCCAGGCAUUGCCUGAUGUUUUCAUUAGAUGAAUACGGUAUGUGCCAAGUCGCCAGCCUUUGCUUCGCUGGUCUUCCCCACCAAUCCAGAAAGUAGCCCAACAGCCAAGAAUUCUCUUGAGAGAAACCUAAGACCAGAAGUUGUGUUGGACCUCAGUGUCAGUACUGGGAGGCCAAUGGGACGAUUCAUGUGCAGCCUCUUGUCCUUGAUUUCCCCAAAUCAUCUCCUGCUAAAAUAACCCAUUUAUCAGAGUGAAGUGGACAUUUGUUUUGUGGGUUCUGAACACAUAAUAGCCAUGUUUAGGGUUGGGCCGGCCUCCUGGGUACCAGGAUCUCUUAUUUCCAUUAGCCCUUUCUAAUUUCUGCCUAAAACCCUAUACUAUGGGGGGCUGCCUCCAUGUCAUUGUUGUCGGAUUCUUCGGUGGGUUGUAGUGCCAACCCUGUGCCACGUUAUACACUGUGCUCUCUCUGAGCCUGAGGGCAACAUCAAGGUGAUCCAUCCCCAACACUCCAAUCUUCUCACCUUUGUAAUGCAGAAACCCUUCUGUCUGUAGAGAGGGGAACACUGGGUCCAACCAUGGCAGCUCUAGCAAGAAAUGGCUUCCAGCCUUUGGUGGCUUUCAGUCUCUGUCAGAUCUAUCUCCAAUCUAAAACCAGGAGAACCUUCUAGAAGCAGAUGUGAGCCGCCCCCAAUCUCCAUGCAGCUGCAAACACUGAAAUCUCUAAAUUCCACUUCCAAGGUUUACGUUUGACUCUUUGUCUUCCAUCUUUGUUUAGUUUUCUUUUUUGUUUUGUUUUUUUAUUUUAUUAUUUUUUUUUUUAAAUCGUGUUUGUGUUGUGUCGAAAGAUUAAAAAAAAAAUAAUAUUAAUAAUAAUAAUAAACUAUUGAAGAUUUCUGGUUAUUUCAACUGAGCGAAUUUAACAGCUGCUUUCGAAAUAAAAAUUGUGUGACAAUUUGCAAAAAUGAUGAAAAAAAAAAACAAAAAAAGCAAUUUGUCAUUUUUUUUUUCUUUUUCUAUGUGUGACGGGCGUGUCUGUGUUUUUAACUUUCCUGUAAAUGAAUGAAACUUUAUGAGGUUGGUGCCACUUCUGCCUGAAUAGAGGGGGGGCGGCUAGGGAACCAGGUGGCAUUGGACCUGCCCAUCCAGCAGUGCUACCAACGGAAACGUUUAAGAAAUAUAUAUAUAUAUUAAAAACGUUUAAAAACAAGAAACAAAAGACAAAGCUAUAGUUCUGGGUACGUUUCCUUGUGUUUCUUACAGACUAACUCAGUUUUAACUCUACGUGCCUCAUCUGUUGUAUAAAAGAGUAAGAGAAACAUUAUUUUUCCAUUAACCAUCAUUUAAUACGGUGCAAAAACAAAAAACAGGAAAAUUAAAAAAAAAAAAAAAAGCAAAAACUGUACAUAAUUUCAUUUUUUUUAAAACAAGGUUCUUUUUUAUACUUUUCUAGGCCUGCGCUCACACCAUACAUGCUGUCUUUUAUGUAAAUUAAUUUCUUGAUUCAUCCGGCAGGAAUCAUUUUCAUAAUAAACUUUACAUUUUGGAUUUGUUUGCA